GUUAGUCAUAAUUUUUUGUAAUCCAGGUGGGAACUUUCACUGUACUGGGAACUAUCACUGAACUGGGAACUAAUAUCGUUCGGCCUUUCUAUCCGGACCUUUGAGCGGUUGCACAGGUGCCUAGAAUCGCUUUCGGCACGCCAUUGUGAGGAUCACAGUUACUCUCACACAACUGACCACGCAGGCCGGACUAGCUUUGUCAGUUGAGUUCCCCCGAGUGUAGUAACCACAGAAGAAACUGUCCCACGAUGGCAACGGACUCCUGGGCCCAGGCGGUGGACGAACAAGAAGCCGCGGCGGAAUCGAUCGGCAACCUUCACAUAAAAGAGAAACCAGAGGAAAAUGGCACCGCUGCUGUCUCGACAGAAUUCACCGCUGCAGCUGCGAAAUCGGAAGGCGAAGGAGACAACAAGGGGACGGACGAGGGUGACAAAGAUGACAAAGCGGCACAGUCAUUGUUGAACAAGCUGAUCCGGAACAAUCUUGUCAGUAAUACUAACCAAGUGGAAGUCCUUCAGAAGGAUCCAAACUCUCCUCUCUACUCCGUCAAGUCCUUUGAGGAGUUGAGACUCAAACCUCAGCUGCUUCAGGGCGUGUACGGAAUGGGUUUCAACCGGCCGUCUAAAAUCCAGGAGACGGCCCUACCCAUGAUGCUGGCUGAGCCACCGCAGAAUCUGAUUGCCCAGUCGCAGUCCGGAACAGGUAAAACGGCUGCUUUUGUCCUGGCCAUGCUCAGCCACGUCGACCCCAACCACACAUAUCCCCAGUGCCUGUGUGUGUCGCCCACCUAUGAACUGGCACUUCAGACCGGUAAAGUGAUCGAGCAGAUGGGCAAGCACUAUCCCGAGGUCAAACUCGUCUACGCCAUCAGAGGAAAUAAAUUGCAGCGCGGCAUGAAGCUACAGGAACAGAUUGUUAUUGGCACACCUGGCACUAUGCUGGACUGGUGCGGUAAGUUCAAGUUUAUCGACCCCAAGAAGAUCAAGGUGUUUGUGCUGGACGAGGCUGACGUCAUGAUCGCCACACAGGGUCACCAGGACCAGAGCAUCCGCAUCCAGAGGAUGCUGCCUAAAAACUGCCAAAUGUUGCUGUUUUCUGCCACAUUUGAAGAAACCGUGUGGAACUUUGCCCAGCGCAUCGUGCCCGACCCCAACAUCAUCAAACUGAAGAGAGAGGAGGAGACGCUGGAUACUAUCAAACAGUACUUUGUGUUGUGCAACAGCAAGGAGGAGAAGUUCCAGGCCCUCUGUAACAUCUACGGUGCCAUUACUAUUGCCCAGGCCAUGAUCUUCUGCCAUACGAGGAAGACUGCAGGCUGGCUGGCAGGGGAGCUGUCCAGAGAAGGCCACCAGGUGGCAGUGCUCAGCGGAGAGAUGCAGGUGGAGCAGAGGGCUGCUGUCAUCGAUCGGUUUAGAGACGGCAAGGAGAAGGUCCUGGUUACUACAAAUGUUUGUGCUCGAGGCAUUGAUGUGGAGCAGGUUUCUGUGGUAAUCAACUUUGACUUGCCGGUGGACAAGGACGGUAACCCAGACAACGAGACUUACUUGCACAGGAUCGGCCGCACGGGUCGAUUUGGCAAAAGGGGACUGGCGAUCAACAUGGUGGACAGCAAGAUGAGCAUGAACAUCCUCCACAGGAUCCAGGAGCAUUUCAAUAAAAACAUUGAACAACUAGACACGGACGACCUGGAUGAAAUUGAGAAAAUCGCCAGCUAAAGAGUGCGUGCUCCCACGAAGGACGCCGACCCGAGCGCCCUUCCCCUCCUCGCUCUCCAAGCACUGUGCGCUGCCACAGUGCUUUUAUGCUUUUAUUUUUUUAGCUGUCGGAGGAAAGAGCAAAACCACAAACACAGCAUAUGUUUACACGUGAAUAUGUCUCCUCUCAGACAAGUGUUUUAUAAGUCUCUGGAACGUACCCCAAUUUCACUCUUUAUACUACUUUGAAUAAAGUCUUAUGAGUUUAUCGCUUUGUUUCGUGAUGCUGCACAAGCAGGCAUAGUCGACUCUUUUUCUCUGAACACACAGAUUUUUAAAAAACACGUGGUGGCUUUGCUGUUGUGGUGGCAUGAAACAAGCUAUUUUGUUAAAGAGAUUCACAAAAACCCAAAUGGAGAAUUAACCAUUUUUGUGCCACGUUUCUUUAAUUUUAAAGAACAAAAAUAUAACUGAAUGUUACUAUCAUGUAGAACUCUUACAGCUCCUAAUGUGCUUUGUUGUAUCAACCACAAUCGGUACAAAGGGUGAAGUUGGGUGUGUCGCUCCAAGUAGUAGUUUAAUCAUUACGAUUAUGUUAUUGAGAUGGUGAUGGUUGAGUUUCAAGGGUCUAUGCAAACUUAUCAACCCAUGAUAGCUAUUAUCAAAUACUAUCAACCUGUAUUCACAAGACACAAAUUAAUCCUGAAUUAACCUCAGCUCUAGCGUCAGGGUGUGUAGUCAAAUGCCAAAAAAAAAAAAAUGGCUGCCUCGAGUGAUCAUCUGUUCCAUUGCACAUUUAUGUGUUUCUGAUUACUGUCUAACCAGUAAUCAAUCAUCAGCCAACCACGAAUCUUACACCUACAUUGUCUUUAAAACAACAUUAUAACAACCAUUAUCAGAACAGGCUCAGAACCUCAAUCAUGAGUCUUCUUUUUUCCCCCUUCAUCUGUCUUGUAAAAACCUCAUUUUAAUUCCAAAUGUGGCCAUUGAGGUCCGAUGUGAUCAGCUUCCCUUCUGUUAGUCACUGUCCACACAAUCUUUUCAAUCAGGGUCUCCACUUUGACUUGAGCUCAGCUACAUUCUUCACCCAGGCUGUGCUGUUGUUAAGGAUUGUGAGUUAAAAAAACAAACAAUGCCUUCCUCAAGUGCAUUAUAUAUACAUGUUAUUUUGUAACUGAUACUUUAAAGACAUUGGGCUUAAUAUGCUGACUAACACUUGAAAUUUUGAUUAUAUAUUGAAUUAUGGGCAUCUUUAGGAUGUGUGAAUUCUCUUUUUGAAACCAAAUGCUGAAUUGACUCGAGGAUCUGCGCUAGUCAGAUUCACUGUGUUGUUCCGACAUGGUUGGGUGAACAGGAAACGUGUACUUGUGUACAUAUUUAAAAUUUUAAGGUUUAAGACAAAGUGUGACUGAUUUGUUGACAGUUUGUCACUUCUAAGAAGUGCAAAAAAAAAACAUUCCUCAUGAGGUUCUAUUUUGGCAGACACGGUGAGCCUAAAUCUGUUAGCCUUGUAUGAUUGGGCAACUGGAUGAAAUUAUGGAAACUGAUGGUGUAUUUGAUCUACGCGCUGGAAUAUUCAAGGACAGUCUGAAUCUUCUUCAAACCUCACCUGGCUCCCGCCUGAACAGAGAAGACUGCUGGUGAUAGUUUGGUUUUAAAUGGACUGUUUACAGACAACUUACUGGAAACCACUCAACUCGGUGAGCAGAUGCAGCCAAAUUAGAAGCAUGGGGUUGUGCUGAAAAUCUGUUUUGCGUAAAGCAGGAGCAGCGUAUGCAGUUUUAUUUGGACAUUUGGAUGUAAACAUUAUCAGUGUGUGUGCGCGCGCGCACACUUUGUUGAUCUGUGAUGUAAUGCCACUGUACAAGAGCCAUGGGCAAACGGAGCAGUUUCGGCUGUAGAACUUAACACUCUUCUCGACACGUUAUAUAAUCUGAUAAUUGAGAGAACCUACAAAACCUAGUUCAUACAUACACACAUAUAUACACACACACACACAUGGGAGUAAUGCUGGCCGACCAGGCUCGAGCAAGUUUGUCUGUUGUAACCUGAAGGUGGUGUGUAGAGACCGGUAGGUUCAAGGUGUGUGGUAUUCUAUGGCGAAGCUGCAUUCAUGGACACAGUUAUGUCUUCUUAACAUGUUGAAUUAAAGGAACAUAUAAAUGUCCAUCUGUAUGUAGUCAAAUGCUUAUUGGUGUGGGAAUAGUUUCGUUAAAACACCUAUUUGUGGGCCAUUGACUCAAGUCAAUAAAAGUAUACAUAAAUGUAAAAAACUUUAUUAAAGUUAUUGCAUACAGUGAGUGUCAAUACAUUAACAUGGAUGAAUUGUUCAAAUAGAAUUAAUCCUCGGAGUUUCCAGUGGUGCGAGGUUGCUCCUCUGACAUCUGUUGUGAAACCUGUAGGUCUGAGGACACAUAACAUGUGAAAAGUCCUCAUAAUAGAAUAAUAAAUAAAGACUAGUUUUGAAUUAA